GUUUGGGGUUUGUUUUACGAAAAGAUUAAAUAAAUGAAAGAUUAUAUUUCAGAUUAUAAAAAAAAACUUUAGUUCACUAAAAUGGAAGAUUGUUGUCAAGGUAACCUUGGACAUAAACAACUAAUGUCCUGUUUCCAUCAGCCACUUCUGAACAGUUCUGCUUGACCCUAUGAUCGCGCUGUGUAGUGACGAUCUUCCCUGCCAUAGACCUCACAGAGUUCGCAUUAUUACUGCCUUUGUGCCACAUCUCACUUACACACGAACUCAGCUUCUUUCACCGAUCGCCUUCAGAUGUGUUGGUGGUAGCACGCAUCCUGUGGGUCGUCGAAGAGAAAGAUCUGUUUUUAGUGGCAGAACUAGUAGCCAGACUCGUUUGGAAAAAGAAAAAAGAAGACAAGCGGUGGGAUUUAAUUCAAUUUCAAAAUUACCUUAUCCAUUUUUUCCAGUUUUGGAUAAAAAAGUGUGUGAGAAAUACGGCAUGAACAUUACAGGAAGCAAAAGAUACGUUAUAGACGAAAAAGAAGUAUUUUCAUUUCGAUACAUUAUGGGAGAGGAUGCAUACAGCAAAAUCUGGUAUUCCCGCUUACGUGGAAAGUCGCAAAAGGUGGUGGCUAUAAAGAUGUAUGAUCGGAGUAAGUGCUCAGACGAGCUCGCAAACACCGAAAUUCUGGUCCUCAAAGUCGCCAUUGGCUCUCCAUUUAUUGUUCAGCUCCAUAGCAGCUUCCAGACUCCAACACAUUGGGCUAUCGUGAUGAAGCUUGCCAGACGCCGUACAUUACACGAGAAACUACGGGCCAUGAGAACCUAUUCAGAGAUCGUCUCCCGAUUUUACGCUGCUGAAAUUGCGGAAGCUCUGUUUUUUCUGCAUAGUCGUGGAAUUGUACUGAGAUACUUGAACUUGGAUAACCUGGUCUUGACAGAGGAAGGUCAUGCACAGUUGUGCGACUUUAGUCUAAGUUAUUUGGGUGACAUCGAUGAACAAAUUGUCAACAAACCAAUGGUAACUGACCUUAAGCUGCAGUUUCCCGCACCCGAGCUCAUCGUGGGAAACUCUUUUGACAAAGCAGUGGACUGGUGGUCGUACGGUGUUAUUUUAUACCGAAUGAUAUGUGGACAGCAGUAUCCAUUUCUAGAACACGAAGGCAAGACAUGGACAGAGUUGGAAGAAAACGUGUAUAGGAUGGAAGUCUAUCCUUCCCGCAUUUCACCUAAAGCCAGAAGGUUUCUCACAAAGCUUCUUACAAAAAAAAGUCAUGUGCGGCUUGGACGAGGGGAACGCGAAGAAGGGGAGAUAAGAAAUGCAGCUUUCUUCAGGACUGUUGACUGGCAUCUCAUUCGCCAACAAGUAAUACCUGCUCCGUUUACUUCUAUUACCAAUACAGCCACACGAUUUAUUCUGCGGUAGUGCCGUAAACUCACUGAGACUAUGAACGUGUCACACGAAUCUGGUUCUAUCAUUAUUAAAACGUUUGCUUUCAAAAUGCUUAUAAACGUUUAUUAUUAUUAUUCUUGUCAUAUAGCUAGGAAUAAGGGUAUAGUUUUGAUGCCGUACUUCUGCUCCCUCCACGAGUCGAGCGGACGCGCUGGUAAAAUAAGGUGGAAUUGAUAAUUGUAGGGAUGAGUUAGUGGUUGAGGUGGCGUUACCUCGGGGACUCAGUAGUCGGCCUUUGGCAGAACUGGACCUUCGGAUGGACACAAAGCCAAGAAGUCUCACCACCGUUUACCUCCCCUGUGGUCCGCAUUGCUAUUACCGGUUCUCUAGCCACUGGGAACGAAGGCAGGGACUCAUUGUGUAGCUCGCUCCGAAGCUCCGUUGCUCGCUAGACAUGGGUAUUUCGGACUGUUCCUACAUCCAGCGCACAUACAAAAAACAUGGGGCAGUCAAUAACAUAAAUCUGGAAUCAGUUGUUGUGUUUCAAAAAACUAUUUCAGCAACAUAUAAUAUAAUACAUAUAACAAUGUUUUUGUCAGGAUUGGUACACAGGUCUGGAGAAUAGUUCUCUUUUUAAUGUAAAUAACAGUUCCAAAAUGUGCUUGCAAGUGAAUGAUAUGUGGAUAGUAUAAGCAAGGAUAAUAGAAGAAAGGUCUAUACUCGGUUUAGAAUUGGUGUUUCAGAAAUCAA